GAGCGACACUCGAUGACGUAGGCUCUUGGCAUUUUGUGUGGCUAGUAGCAGAUUUAUUUCAGCAGUUGAUACUAAACUAGCUAGUUUAAAACCCGACGUUUUCAUCUAAGUUGAAUAUUUUGCAAGGUUUCUCUCCGAAUAUUAUAUUGAAACAUUUACAUUUAAUCUCGAAAUUGAUUGAAUUUCAUUACAUUAUCUAGUUUACUAGCAGAAUCGGAUUCCUAGCGCCGCGGCCGAGUCGACUGACGUACGUUAGCUAGCAUUAUACAAUGCACACCAAGAAGACCGAAGGGAAGGAUUCACAUGCUGAAAUGGCCCAGGCCCCUCUGAAUGAAGGGAUAAGCUUGAUCUUUGACCAGGAUGCCCAAUCCAGCUCUGCCUCUUCCCCUCCCCAUUCUCGUUACCCCUCUAGAAGUAGUCAUAACAGUAGCCAUUCCUCUGGCUCUAGACGACAAGUUAAACGAAAUGAUGCUUGUAGGGGACGUCACAGGUCCAGAUCAUCCCACUCCUCCAACGGCAGCCCUCGGACCCGUCCCAGGUCCCGAUCACACCCGCGCUGCCACAGAGCCUCCUCCAGCUCACGUUGCUGCCGUCAACACCGACAGGCCCACGGACAUAGGCGCCACUGCUCACCACCGCGCUGUUACAGGGCCCACUCUCGCUCCUACAGCCCCUCUUCUUCCCCAGACAGGUCACACCGUCUGAGCCACAGGUCCCGCUCCAGGUCAGCCAGCCGGAGGAGGGUUUCUGUGGGCAGGUACAAGUGCAGGUUUUCUGGAUCACCCUACAGAAGCCACAAGACCUACACGAGCCGCUCCAGAUCCAGAUCUUCAGGAUGCUCAGUUGUCAGCCUCAGGAUAGAGGAAAAGGGGGAACUCCUCAGGACUGCGAAAGCCAAUGCCACCCAGGCACUGGGGGUGGAGCAGCUGGACCUUUCUGAGAGUGUGAAGCCCGUCCUGGAGGAGCAGCAAGUGAAAACCAGACCAGCCACACCAGAACCAGAGGAACGGGUGAGACCAGAGCCACUCCCUCAAAAGAGUCUAUCACAGGUGGGUGUUCAGGGAGAUUUGAUCAUGUUGAACAUACCGUCUGUGAACAUGACACACACAGAAGAAGCCUAGCAAUUGAAAUUGCUCAUAGUUCAGCUGUUGACAUUAUAACCGCACUACCUAGGCCAUUUUAAACCACAGUUUGGAGGUAUUUCCCUCCCAUUUAGUCUGAACUUCAGGUCUUCUGAUUCUGUCUUCUGUGAAACUGCUUGUCUGUUAACCUUGCACCCAUCAGAGAACACACAUGCUCUGUUUGUUUGUAUUUAUUCCUGUUUUUGUAGAUCACAUGACAGUGGUCUUCACUCCAUGGCCCCUUGGAUUAGGAGAAUAAGAGGGCAGUCAUGUGACUUGGGUGAUGUCAUUGCGUUUGCGUGAAAAGGUUAUCAGAUGAAUCUUGUCAUGCUCACAAUGCCAAUACAAGUCCAGUAGCAGGGAUGGAUUGUUUUGUCCAGCAAUGGUACACUUAAAUUAUCUCACUGACUUCAUGGCUUACCAAUUCAGUUUGUAAUGUCCCAAUUCAUCACCUAUGCUACUUUCUCUCACGUAGAUGGAUAGAUACAAUUCACAAUUAAAACAUACUGUUAUACUGACAAUACUCCACGUUGAUACAAAUACAUUUUUAGAACUCUGAAUAUGUGUGUUUGCUUACAGUUGAAAUGAGAACAUUGUUAUUUAGCAGAGUCUCCCUCCCACUCUCUGAAGAAGCACAGGCGUUUGGACUGCGUUAUAGUGACUAUUCCUGACGAGAACUUUAAACAGAUGGCCACCUCCCUCCGUCCGUAUGCCAAAGAUAAGUUGGUGGUAUACAAGUGGUGUUCUGGAUGGGGUUUGGAAAACUGCAUCAUCAUCAUGCCACUCAGACAAGGGAUUUUUCUUCCUAUAGUUUUUUGUUUAUGCUUAAAGCUACCCUUGUGAAAAUCAUGUAAUGAACAGAUGCAUAGCUUUGACAUCAAUGAGGGGUGCAUGGGAACUGCAGUUUGUUGAAGCUAUAGACCAAGUGCGCAAUUGCUCAUCUGGGAGACUGUAUUGAUUGUUGUGUGUUGACAGUGAGACCAGAAAACAGCUGAUCUGAUUUUUACUAAACUCUAAAAUAAUAUUUGUUUACUCUUUGCAGCAGAGCAGUGACAAAGAGCCUGAGGAGGAUGCACCAACCCCUAAUAUGUCUCCCAAGAAAAAGAUGAUCUCAUUCAGUAUUCAUAAUUCAGUGGCCAAGCCCACAGCCAUUGUUGCUUCCACCACAUCAAAGGUAACACCCAGAGUGGAGAACUACACAACGAGCAGGAACCCGUUUGGUCACUGGGUCCCAGUCAGAAAAAUGGUCCAAUCCUCCUUUUCUCGCACUUCGUGCAAACAUUAACUCUCCACAUCUUGCUAAUGUGUCAGAGUGCAUGGACAAUGUAAAUACUGUAUAUAAUUUGUACAUGGGGGUUUGGGCGAUCUGAUUUUAUGGUAGAUUAUUUAUUUCAGAUUUAAAGUGAAUUAAGUGGUUAGAACAGAAUAUUUCAGGUGGGGUUACUUUUUUUGUGGUGUCUAAUGCUGAUUAGGGAGUCAAUAAAGACACUUACUUGAAAUGUAA